AUGGAGAAAAAUAGCUCGGCGUUCUACCUCUCCACGUUCGAAGCCUCGUACUCCGUGCAGAUGGUCAUCUUUGGCCUCUGCCUGCCGCUCUAUGCGGCCACAGUUGUAGCCAACCUGCUGGUCUUCUUGGCGGUGCUCAUGUGCCCCGAGCUGCACAAGCCCAUGUACUUGUUCCUGGGAAACAUGGCGAUGGCCGACAUCGUCGGCUGUACAAGCAUCGUGCCCAAGCAGCUGCAAAUCCUGCUGACGGGCGACGGCGAAAUCCUGCGCGAGUCUUGCCUCAUGCAGAUGUUUUGCCUUCACGUGUUCUGUAACGUCGAGGUGCUGACGCUAUCGGUCAUGGCUUUUGACCGUUAUGUGGCCAUCUGUCACCCGCUGCGCUACCACACCAUCAUCACAGCCAAGAAGACGCUCGGUGUGCUGAUGCUGAUGUGGAUGGUCACCUCGGCGGUUUUUGGGGCCCUCACAUUCCUCGCCGCCCAGCUAAAAUUCGGCAAUAAUCGGAAAAUCCAAGGAAUUCUGUGCGAUAACAUGGGAAUGAUUUUGUUGGCUGAAUCGGACACCAAUAUUAGUUAUGUAUACGGCUCGAUAAUCAUGCUGAUCUUUUUUAUCUUACCACUUGUUUUCAUAAGCUACAGCUACUUAAAGAUAUUUAUUGAGUGUCGCAUUAAACGAUCUACUGAGAUUACCAAGCACGGUUUGAACACUUUGCUGACACACUUCUUGGCGCUGUCGAUGUUUUUCUUCGCGAUUUUUGUUUCCGCCUUAACGCCUCGUUUCAUCAAAGAUUUCAACACCCCCGCUCUGCGAAACAUGAGGUGCCUUUUCCAGUUCGGUGCGUUUAUUGUGCCGAUGGCGAAUGUGCUGAUCUACUGUAUACGCACCAAACAGCUAAGGAAAGGAAUGAGGAUGUGUUGUAAAAAUGCAUUCUUUGGUACACUUUUUCCAACAUUUUCAAAAGUCUCAAAUGUAAGUUAA